AUGAGCAACAAUACAUGGCAACAUCCAUAUGUUAAUAUAUUUAAACAUUUUGAUAUAGGUUCAACUAAAAAAUGUGCCAAACAAGGUGAUGUAACUGCACUCAUGGAUCGUGAUCUGAAAUCCACUGUAUUUCGUAUACGUGGUCUUGUUCCAGCAAAUAAUUAUAUACAAUUUCCUGCUCAAUUACCAAAUCAAAAUCUUGCUUUAAUUGGUCGUUUAUUCUAUAUUUUAUUUCGACCUAUAUUUGAUAAAUUUUUUUCUAUACAUAUUGAUAUUCUUACACAUGAACAACAUAUUGUACGUAUAUCAUUAUCAAAUUUAUAUCGUGAAUUAAAAGUUACACAAACAUGUAUACAAUUUCCAUAUACAUCAACAAAUACAACUAUACAUUGGACGGUGUUAUGUUUAGAUUUAGAAGCUAUUCUAUUAACACAUAUGACAAAUCAACAUUAUCAUAUGAUAAAAUCAUUUCAAUUAUGUGGAAAUAUGAUGAUUAAAAAUUGUUUUUCAUCACAAUAUUUCUAUGAACCAGGAUUAAGUAAUCAUAAAGCUAAACAAAAUGGUUUAAAAUGUUCAAAUAUUCGUUCAUUACCACGUGAAUUAUCCUAUCCAGUUGGUAAAGAUGAAUCAUGGCAUAAUAAAUAUGAUUUUAUUAUCAUACCAAAUUCAUCAUCAUUAGCAGAUGAAAAUUCGAAUAAUGUUCAAUUACAAACACCAAGAGAAUUAAUUCAAAGUGAUGAACAAACCAGUCGAUCAUUAACAGACUUAACACUUGUUACACAAAGAACAAUUUCACCGAGAGAUAGUCAGGUCAAUAAUUGGCGUACAACGAAUAAUCCUAUUGAUCGUUUUCCAUCAUUACCCACCAUGUAUGAACCUUCACUUCCUUCCGCUUCAUCACGAAAUAAUAAUGAUGGUAUUCAUCUUUUUGUCAAUCCACAAACAGUUGGUGAUGAAACGAAUUUUGAACUUCCACUUUCAACUGAUCGUUCUCAACAAUCUCAUUUAUCUGAUCCAAUACUUCGUUUACGUACUGUUAUUGGUCUAGGUAAUAGUACACAGAAUUGUACAAAUCUAUUAUGGACACAAGAUGGAAAUUAUAUUCUCUAUCCAUCGAAUGCUAUUGUUGUUCAAAUGCAUGUUGAAACUCAACAACAAUUAUUUUUUAUUGGACAUUCGGAUAAAGUGAGUGCUAUUGCAUUCAAUGGAAAUUCUUCAUUAUUAGCAACAAUACAAGCUGGACCUGAUGGUAUUCUUCGAUUAUGGAAAUUUGAAACACGUCGUUGUAUUUGUGUUGUUCGUGUACCUGGUGCAUGUAAUUUACAUGCACUUGAUUUUGGUAUUCGAAAUCUUUCAGAUUCAUCAUCAUCUCUUAUUGUUGUUGGUCAUGGUGAACAACCGCAACAAUCUCGUACGAUAGUUUGUGUUUAUAAUACAUUAAAUGCACAUAAAGGUUCAAUUGAUCUUCUAUGUCGAACAACAACCGAUGCAUCUAUAACACAUAUACGUUUUGUUCCAUAUGAUUCAACAAGAUUUGUUUCAAUUGGUUUAGAUAAUAUACGUUUUUGGCGUAUUAAAAAUGGGAAUGAUUUAAAAUCAAUGAGUAUAUCUGUUGAUGAUAUUAAUCAAUUAGAAUAUACAGAUUUACAAUUUGAACAUAUAUCAAAUAAUAAAUUAAAUGAAUUAAUUGUAUUUAUAUCAUCAAAAAGUGGUCAUAUUAUUGAAUUAUUAUAUGAUGAACGACGUGUAACAAAAAUUCAUCGUUUAUUACCAAAAAAACAUUCGAAUGGUUCAACAGAAAAGAUUACUAUGGCAAAUGGACCAUCGAUUGGUAUAUGUGCAUUUGCAUGUACAAAUACAUUUUGUAUAACAGGUUCAAAUGAUGGAUAUGUUCGUGUUUGGUCAAAUGAUUUUACACAAGUUUAUAUUGAAGCGAAACAUGAUCAAGCUAUAUGUGGUUUAAUAACAUCACAUGAUCAAACUCGUGUGUUAAUUUUAACUGUAUCAGGUUCACUUGGUAUAUUAAAUCUUGUUAAUAAAGAACAUUUAAAUUUAAUACGUGCACAUACACAAUAUGUGACAGAUAUUGAUUAUGAUGAUACAAGAAAACAAAUGAUUAGUGUUGGACAAGAUGGUACAAUAAGAAUAUGGUGUUUUCGUACAGGUAAACAAUUAUCGGAAUUUACGGCUGAACGUGAAACACCAGUGAUUGUUACAUAUGCACCCAAUCGACAAACAUUUGCAUGUGGUUUUAAUAAUGGAACAAUUAAAAUAUUUGAAAUAAAUACAUCGAUUAUAUCAGUUGAAAUUACACAUCAUACAACGGGUAUUACUGGUUUAAUCUAUGCUCAUAAUGGUGGACGUUUAAUAAGUAGUGAUGAAGAAGGCAAUUUAUGUUUAUUAGAUGCGAAUGAUAAUUAUAAAUUACAACGAACAGUAGCAAAAGCUUUAUCAAUAUUACAUAAAGGCAUAUCAACAUUAUCAAUAAGUUCGGAUGGUAAACAUACAGCAUAUGUUGGACCAACAGAAUUUGUUGUAACAAUUGUUGAAACAAAUAGUUUAAAUCAAACACUUCGAAUUGAUAUAAGUAGUUGUACAUCGAUUAGUAAUGAUCGACGAUCGAGUUCAUCAACUGAUGCAGCUUUAUUUGUUCGUUUUGCACCUAAUCGACAAUUAUUAGUUGCAACAACAAAUUUCAAAUUACUUAAAUUCGAUUCUUAUUCAGGAAAACUUCUAAAUAUUAUAAGUAAUGUACACAAACAAUCAUUUGAUUGUCUUGCUUUAUCAUCCGAUAGUCAAUAUUUAGUUACGAGUGGUGAUAAUAUGCUUAAAUUUUGGGAUGAUAUUAACUUUCAAAGUUUUGUUGGCCAUUCUGAACCAGUACGAAAAGUUUUUUUUACAGAUGAUAAUAUGCAUAUUGUAAGUAUUGGAGAUUCAAUAUUUAUUUGGGAUGUACUUGCAUGGACAACGCCUCGACCAAAUGUAUUUAGUAAUACACAAUACAUUGUUCCUCCUUUGAAAAAUAUUGAACGUGCAUCUAUACGAUUUCCAUCGGAUAAUAAUGGACAACCAAGAAAUCCACCUGAACCAUUUCAAUAUACUCAGCAAACGAAUGAAAAUACUGCACGAGCUGUAACACGAUCAUUAUCAAAUUGUGAACUUAAUACAACAACAAGUAUAUCUCAUGGACAUAAAAAAAAUCAGAAUAAAAAAUUACCAAUAAAACAAAUCGAUCGUAAUCUACCAACAAUUCGACGUCAUUUUAUUCAACGAAUUAAUCAUUCACAAUUAGCCAAAAAACGAUAUGUUGCACCAGCUAAUCAAGAAAGUCUUAAACUUCAAUCUAUAAUUGGUUAUAAUGGUAAUGGAAGAGAAAAUGUUGUUUGGCAUGCACAAUCUGGUUUUUUUGCUUAUACUGUCGGUUGUAAUAUCAUUGUAGAAAAUCUUAAUAAUAAUCAUCAAACAAUUUUAACUGGUCAUACGGAAGAAAUCUCAACAUUAGCAUUAUCAAAUGAUGUUACUAUGUUAGCUAGUGCACAAUGUUCAACUACAAUGAAUAAAGACGAAUUACAAACAAAGAUUAUUAUUUGGGAUAUAAAAAUGCUUCGACAAAAAUUAUUUCUUCAUCAGUCAGUUUAUGCAAUUCAAUCAAUGGCUUUUUCAAGAGAUGAUCGUUUUCUUCUUACGAUGGGUGAUUAUCGCAAAGCACAUCUUACUUUAUGGUCAACACAAGAUUUUACUAGUUUAUUGAAUUGGUCUGAUGAAUCAUCUUCAGCUUAUAUAAAUUGUCUUGCUUGGAAUCCAAUGCGUGCUAAUGAAUUUUGUCUUGGUUGUUCAAAUAAUCUUAUACGUUUUUGUACAAUUAUUGAACAAACAAAUAAUACAAAUUUAAAAUUACAAGUUAUUAAUGGACAAAUGCCAUCAUCAAUAAGUGAAUCGACAAAAAAAAUCUGUGAAAUAACUUCAUGUAUCUAUUUAAUUUCAACAACAAAUCUUGUUUUAUGUUCAACAAAUUGUGGUUUUAUAACAUGUUGGAAUACACGUACAAAUACAUGUCUUCUACAUUGGAAAGCUGAUGCAAAUGAAAUAUGUUAUAUGGCAACAAUUAAACAUAAAUUAAUUACAGGUUCAUCAACGGGUUGUUUACGUUUAUGGAAUACAGAAAAUCUUGAAGUCAAUUUAGGAUUACCAAAUAUGACGGAUUCAAAUUAUGGUUUAACAAUACAAGAUGAAUUUCAACUUGAUGAUGGAAUUAUUAGUGGAUCAUUUGAUAAUAUAUUUGAUAUGGGUAUUGUUGGUACAACAUGUGGUUCAUUAUGGUAUAUUUGUUGGACAACAGAACGAUCAAAAACUCGUCUUGUUGCUUCACAUACUGAUCGUAUAACAGGUGUUAUACCUAUUGAAGAUACUCAUGUUGUAACAAGUAGUCUUGAUGGUACAAUAAGAAUAUUUCAAUUAGAAGAUCGAAAUGAAAUUCUUCGUUUUGAUGCUAAUGGAUUAAAAGUAACUUGUUUAACAUCGUGGGAUAAUUCAAUUAUACCAACAAUUGAUUCAUCUGGAACAACAAGUCCAAUUAAAAAUAUUCGUACAACUAUUCGAUCAAUUGUUGCUGGUUAUAAUGAUGGUACAAUACGAAUUUUUAAUCUUCUUCACGGUCAAAUGGUGCUUAAAUUACAUCCACAUACAUCAUCAAUAUGUGCUAUUAAUGCACCUGUGAAUGCUACUGUAAGUCUUUCUGGUGCAUCGGAUGGUUCUGUUGCAAUAUCAAAUCUUGCUCAAGGUAUUGUUUUACGUGUGUUAAAUGAUCAUCGUGGUAAUGCACCAAUAUGUAUGAUUGAUUCGAAAUAUAUCUCAGAAAAUAAUUCAUAUAUGUGGUUAAUUGCCAGUCAUGAUCGACGUGUUAGUUUAUGGAAAGGCAAUCAACAAUUUGAUUUUUGUCAAUUAAUUGAUUGGUUAACAUUUUCUGCACCAUCAUUUGCACCUGAUGGAACAACACAUGAUAAUAAUAAUUGGCAAUCAUAUCCACCAAGUUUAGCUCGAUUUAUUGAUUCAAAUCUUUUAAUGUAUAUUGGUUAUGGAAUAGAAAAAUCUAUUCAAAUUUAUAAUCUUGAUACGAAACAAAUCGUUCGUACAAUACCAUUAAAUCAAUGGUGUUCUUGUUUUGAUUUAUCUAGUUUAAAUAUUGAUGAUGAUGAAAAUCGUUUAAUAGCAAUUGGUACAAAUGAUCGUUUAGUACAAUUAAAAGAUUAUGCUCAGGGUACAUUUCAGGAUUUUAUUGGUAACAGUGAUACUUUAUUAAAUAUUAAAUUUAUAAGGAAAAACAAAUCUCAUGGUUUAUUAAUAACAACAUCAUCAAAUGAAAUUUUUGUUUGGAAAGUACUUUUAACUUAG